AUGCCGGUGAUAUUAAGGUCUCGCCAUAGACCAGAUUCCACUCCUGAAGAAACUCAGAGGCCUGCUAAGACUGCUGGCAGGCGCGGUAAGAGAAGUAGAAGAGUUGAUGAUGAGAAAGAUAACAGCGAUUCUGGAAUGUCCGAUAGUGAGACGGGCUCUUACGGUAAAUUCAACGGUAAUGGUAGACCUUUUGAUAUUAUUGCUGGUCUGCCGUGUUCCUUGGAGGUGCCUCAAUACAAUUCAGCAUUGACACAUCCGCUGUCGGUUAGAGAUUCAGCUGUGCUUUACGAUUCGUUGGUAAUAUCUAGAAGGACUUGGGUUCGUGGUGAGAUGUUUGAACUCUACUUCUCGAAGCCAGCGAGGUCUAUCAAGGAGGAGUCGAAUCAAAAUAAGCAAGAUGCUAUGUCGCAGGCGAUGACCGUGCAAAUUCGUGAUAAGAUGCAGAAGAUGUGCGACUGUAAUAUGAUGGGAGGACCUCAUCAGUUCCCAGUGAGACUAUUUAUUCUGAAGAAUGAAGAGCUAGAAAAAAGGUGGCAGGAGGAACAGGAUUCAAAGAGAAAGGAGAAAGAGGAAAGGAGGAAAAGAGAUCAAGAGGAAAAGAAGAGAAGAGUAGAGGAGAAGAAGCAGAGCCAGUUACAGAAGAAGCAGGAGAAGGAAAAAAUAAUGCAAAUGCAUAAGGAAAAUAAGGCUCGGGCUAAGCAGGAGAUGGAGGCCAUGAAGUUGAAGAGAAAAGAAGAAGUUAAAAAAUCUAAAGAGGAACAUAAAAAAUAUAGGAAAACUGGAGAUUCUGCACCUCGUACUGUAGUUUCACCCUUGAGAAAGACAUCUCCUCCACCUACGAAUCAAUCGGUUAAUGACCCCAAGAUGAUUGCAAAUUUAAACCUGAUGGCGCAAAAAGAUUCAAGAUUGAAUACCCUUAUGGGAACAGUGGCCAAUGGUGAGGCAACUUUGGAGCAGGUUGAAGAGUUCAAAAAAUUCAUAGAAGUUGCCAGGAAGAUGCCAGCUCCACCGGGAUGGAGUCCUCCGCCUGGUUUAGUACAAGCAAAGAAGGACGCUCCUGAACCUGGAGUGGAGAAACAACAGGUUAGAGAACAAGAGUUCAAAGAAGAAAAGAUGGAUAAUGCCAUCAAAGUUGUAGUCAAGGAGGAGGAGAAAAAGGAGGAAGAGAAAAAGGAAGAAGCACAUAACAUGGUGAAGAAUGAAGAUAAUGAUACUAAUGCAUCUAUGGCGGAGCCUGAUAAAGAUAAGGAACCUAAGCGUAGGCGAAGACCUAGAGGUUCUGUUAACGAGGAGGAAGACAAAUCGAUGCAAUUGACAGCAUUUCAGCAAAAAUACGUUCAAGAUGCCCAAAUAAUUAUAGAAUUUACAGAGUAUACUCAUGCAAGAUACAUGCUGCCGCGUAAUGCAGUGUUGGAGUAUGUCGAAGAGUCCAAUGACUAUAAACUUUCAUGGAUUAUGGUGCAUAACAAAAAGGAGAUUGACAGGUAUAGAAAUAGAAGGAUUAAAGAUAUGACGAAGGGUAAAAAAACUGAUGAGGAGAAGAAAGCCAUUGAAGAAGAAUACGAUGUAUACGGUGAUGAGAUGUGUCCUUCGCCACUUUUUACACCAAUGACAGUAGUUUUCUCCGGAAUUCAUAAGAAGUUCAAUCCCAUAAUGGUUCACAGCGUGGAACCGCUGGAGAAAGUACAAAAGGAAAUGAGUAGCAUAUUGAGCGUGGGGACUAAAUUGUCAGGUUACAAUUUAUGGUAUCGAUUGGAUGGUUACGAUGAUAAGGAUCUUGCAGAAAGUGUAAGAGUUGAUCUUACUGAGCAUGAGUACGAUUUGAGAGGUAAACGUCAAAAGAAAUAA